AUGGAGUCGCGCACGAGGAACACUGCCGAUGCUAGAGGGAGUAGAGGAGGUCGCGGAUUUCCCCCGUCUGCUGGCCCCAGGUCCAGGCAGUUCCUGGCGCGGCUGGACGCGCGUCCCCUGGCGGCCAGAGCUGCGGCGGACGUGUCAGCUCUGGUACGAAGAGCAGGGACCACAUUGCGCCUGCGCCCCAAGAAGGCAGUUAAUGUUCUGGAUUCUGCGGAUAUAGAAGUCACAGAUAGUCGCCUGCCUCAUACCACUCUUGUGGAACAUCAGUCCCAGCAUCGUCGAUCAGAUACCCUGGGUAAAUGUACUGUGCCAGUGACCCAGAGUAAGGCAAAUUGUGCUUCGAAGCCACUCCAAACCUCUGGUCGGUUCUCUGUGGAGCUUGUGCGUGGUCCUGCAGGCUUUGGCCUCACCUUAAGUGGAGGAAGGGGUGUACCAGACGAUGCUCCACUGGCUGUGCGUGGGUUGCUGAAGGAUGGACCGGCUCAGCGCUGUGGUUUGCAGGCUGGGGACCUAGUGCUUCUUAUCAAUGGAGAGUCAACUGAUGGCCUCACACAUGCCCAGGUCCUGGAGCGGAUCCGAGCUGGGGGUCCCCAGCUCCAUCUCCUCCUCCACAGGCCUCCAGAGAUCCAAUGCCCCCGAAAACUUGAAGGGGUGGAAAGAUCCCAGAAGGGAGAUCGCAGUCCAGAUCCUAGGAGUCCGGGGACCAUGAGAUCUCAAAGCGCCAGCAUUUCCCCAGUUCAGCACUCUCGAUCCAGUAGGAUGCCUAAGAUCCGAGGAAGCCUCGAGCCUAGACCCCAGGCAGUGUCUGACAGCCCUGAGGUCCCUGUUCUGGAGCACUGCACAGAGGACCUGGAUGAUCAUAUUCCUACUUCCCCGGGGCCCUGGCUGGUGCCCAGCGAAGAGCGGCUCUCACGGGCCCUAGGAGUCCCGAGUACCGCGCACCUAGAUCAAGAGUUGACUGCCGGAAAACGAAGACACUGAGCUGCCAGCUCUGAGCUCAAGUGCUGUGGUCCAAUCUGGAUCAGGCGUACUCCGACAGGCACGCACUAGCAGCGUCCUUCAGGCUUCCUCUUGGCUUGGUCCCCUAUCCCUCUGGUUCGCACACCCCUCACAUUGUCAGUGGUACGGCCCUCCCGGACCCCCUCCCUCCCCAUCUCCGCGCUA